AUGCAGCUUACUUCUUCAGCGUGCCAGUGUGUCUAUUUCGAUGGAUUUGGACACCUAUCGAACGGGACGUUUCUGUCGCCGAACUAUCCGGUACCGUACGACAGCGACAUCCCUUGUAUACUGUACACGUUCAUCGGUGGCGAGGAGGAAAUCGUCGAACUGCGUUUCCAGUACUUUCAGCUGCAGUUGCCAGAGAAGGACGGAAACUGCCUCGACUACGUGCGAACGUUCCAGGAGUUGGACGACGAGUACGUGAACGAGUACACGCGCUGGCAGCAGACAUUCUGUGGCUGCCAGGCACCGCCUUCGUUCAGUCUGUUCUCCGUCGGGCCGUCGCUGGUGUUCGAAUUUCAUUCCGACUCGUACCGAAGCCCGUACGACAUCGGCUUUCUGGGCACCUUCCACUUCCGCAGAAAAAAAGAUUACAUGACCGAUGGACUGAAGCUUCCAAGUACGGAAUGCGACUACUAUAUCAAAAGCGAGGAUGACCGCAAACGUGGAAAAUUUUUUUCACCUCGCUAUCCUUACAACAUCCCUUCGAAAUCCAAGUGCAACUACUGGUUCAGCGGAAAAGCCAAUGAGUUGGUAAGGGUUACGAUUGUAAAGCUCAAUUUUGGACGCAUCACAGGCAGCUGCUCAUCGUCUGACUCCAGAAUCACCGUUUUCGACGGCAAAGGGCCGCAAUGGCUUCAUUCGGAGGAUUCCGGUUCCAUUGUCAUGUUAGGCGUGUUCUGCAAAGAUUUCGGCCACAACGAAACGGUGGUUUCGUCUGAAUCGAAUCUUUACGUCGAAUUCAUAUCCGGUGAAGUGAUGAAAAACGAAACGGUAAGAAUUGUCGGCGUCCUGAAUAUAUAA